UAAAAGUAAGUAUUUUUUAAAUAUGUUUACAAGCUAACAAUAUGUAAAACUUAAAGUAAAAUUCGAAUUUUAUACUCAGACCUCAAGGAACAAUUUUUAUUAUUAUUAUUAUUAUUAGCCUAGGUUUAGAACAUUGUUGUGCCAAUAGGAGAAGUAGGCCUAAGUGUAUGUUUGAUUUUCAAUUUUAUUUCUAGGUAUUGAAUCCAGAUUGCACAUCCAUCCUCGUUUUACCUGACAAUGACUCAACCCAAUGGAAUUUUAACAUGCAUGAAAGUGAAAAUAUCCAAGUUGAAAGAGAAACUAGUAAAGACGUACAUCUUCUUAAUUUCAUUUCAACUCCAGUAGAACCAGAGUCAAAUGAAUGGGAGCUAGAGACGAUAACACAAGUGACAAACAUGGAACAAGAAUAUGGAGCAUCGACAACACUGGAAGAUUUAGAUGAUGCGCUAUCUUCUGUGAGCGACCUAUUUGAGAAUGACAUCGAUGAUCCAACAUACACUCCACCUUCAGGUUCAGAGAGUGAUUCAACUUUAAGUAACGAUUUAGAACAAGUACAAAGUCAAUCUGUAAGUACAAAUACUACAGCAAAUAAUAAUAAUAUAAUACCUCUGGUACCAUACACCGAUUCAGAUGACACGGAGAGCGAGUUACCGAUAGUUACUCAACCUAAAAAUAAAGGAAGAAAAAGAAUAAGGAAUGAAAAAAAGUGGAAAAAAAACAUUAGAAAGCAGGGACGAAUUUCUGGAAAAGAGCAUGUCAACUCUAAAGGAGAUAUUGUAAAAGAAAGAACUUUAAGACCUCCUUGUAAAACUACUUGUCGCUUGAAAUGCUCUCAGCGCAUAAGUCAUGCACAAAGAGUACACAUUCAUUCUGACUAUUAUAAUAGUGAAAGAAACUUAAGUUCUAAACGCCAGUAUAUAGUUUCUUGUAUUACAACCAAGCCAAUAGCCAGGUCACGACAAAGAGAUGGUUCUAGAAAUAGUAGAAAAAACAGCCAUACUUAUUUUCUCAAAUGGGAUAACAAUUUUGAAAAAGUUUGCAAACAAUUUUUCUUGAACACACUAGUAAUAUCAGAAACAUUUGUUAAGUUUGCUCUCUUAAAAAACCCAAAGUACUGGUAUGGUUGAACCAGACCAUCGUGGCAAACAUGUACCAGGAAACAAAAUACCAGAGACAGCAAAGGAUAUCAUAAGAAACCACAUAUCAAAAUAUCCAGCAUAUGAAAGUCACUAUAGUAGGGAAAGGACAAACAAAAAAUACUUGGGUAAUGAUUUAAACAUUUCCAUAAUGUAUACCAUGUAUGAAAAUGAAUGUAAAGAAAAAAAUAUCAAACCCGAAAAGAAAUGGUUAUUUUCAGAAAUUUUCAAUAGAGAAUACAAUUUGUCAUUUCAUUUGCCAGACAAUGACACAUGUGAUUUUUGUGACAGAAUUGAUUGCCAAUUAAAGAAUGCAAACGGUGAGCAAAAAGAAAACCUUCAAGCAGAAAAGCAGAAGCAUCUAGAUGAAGCAGCACGUAGAUACCAUUUGAAAAAAGAAGAUAAGCUUUUGGGACAAGGAAAUGAAAAAUUUAAAGUUGUUAUGGCAGACCUACAGAAGUGUCUUCCUACUCCAGCUCUCACAAACUGUCAAAGCUUCUACUUGAGAAAGCUCUGGACUCUAAACUACACCAUUGACGACAGUAGUGGAAAGAAAACGUGGUGCAUGAUUUGGAAUGAGACCACUGCAGGUAGAGGUGGAAGUGAGAUGGCUUCUUGUUUGUUUACCUGGGCAAAUGAAGAGCUCAAUAAAAGCAGCAUUGACACUCUGACUGUUUGGACCGAUAACUGCAGCGGUCAAAAUAGAAAUAUUAAU